AUGGUCAACUCAUCAGAGCACGGAUUGGCUCGUGUCAUCCAUCACAAGGACUAUUAUAUACGCGGUGGUGAUAUGACCGUACUGGUCGAGAAUCAUCUCUAUCGGAUACACAGUCACUUCUUCGAACGCGAAUCGCUGUUCUUCCGCCAGAAGUUCCAGUCAUCUGAAGGCGAAGAACGCGGCUCAUCAGACAACAAUGCCUAUACCUUGGACGACGUCAAGAGCGAAGACUUUGCACGUUUCCUCUGGGUCUUCUACAACCCAAAAUACUCGCUCUAUGAGGCUCCUCUCGAGACUUGGCUGAGUAUCCUACACCUCGCCAACCGGUGGAGUUUCUGCAAUGUCAAGGAGCUCACCGUACGUGAACUCGAGAAAAUUCCAAUAGAACCCGUCGACAAGAUCGCAAUCUAUCACGAGUACAGUAUCAACAAGCUCUUCCUCAUCCCAGCGUACAUCGCGGUCUGCAAGAGGGAUAAACCUUUGUCAUUUAGUGAGGGCAUAAAGCUUGGGAUGGAGACCGUUCUCCGUGUCGCAGACGCUCGUGAGCGGGCUCGCCAGCGGGCUGCCGAGAGCGGUAUUCGCUCGCCUGCAUAUGAUGAUUUCGAAGACAGUGAUAUGGAAUCCAUGGUCAAGGAGGUUUUCGGAAUAACGUCGCGACCAACAUCGCCGAUUCCGCAGACCAGUAGUUCAUCUACCUACACCAAUGGUUCGAGCAUCACAGGCAGCACGAAAGUCAACGGGUCGACGACAACCAAGGCCAGUGGUGGUUCCUCAGUCCGUACCAACGGUUCAUCAAUUCCCGACCCGACUGUUCGUUCCUCCGUCGACACCACACACUCGUUCAGCACUGCCAGGGAAUCGCUAUUCACUUCUUCGGCUUCUUCGACAAAUACACCUGUUUCUUCGUCGCAACCGAAGCCAGCUACCUCGGUACCUGAGAGCAAGCCCGCGCCGCCGGAGAAAACCAAAGUGACUGAGCAGACGAACACCUCUUCCACUGCAUCUCCCUCCACCGAUCCAUUCCAGGCUGGCUCCUUCAAAGCAAAUGGAACGGGUGAGCCUUCAUCAGUGGCGAGUCCUGUACUUAUCUUUUUCUGA